AUGUACGACAAAGGACACCACAUGAUGACAUGCGAAUCCGAGGCUGAAUGCACAUCCUGGAUCAGGCUGUUCCGGGCGUUUGAUCUCGAUCACGAUGGCUACAUUCCAACAACCGACCUGAAACGAAGCAUCCGCGAAUCUGCGUUUUCGUUCGGCUUAAAUCCGGAAGAAACGGACAACAUGAUGACAAACAUCGACAAAGAUGGCGACAAGCUCAUCGACUUCUCGGAAUUCUGCACUCUGGUAGGUGAUUAG